AUGGCGACCAACGAUGAUCAAGUGUGUGCGUAUUUAAAGCAAGAAAUUCAUCGCAGGCUCCACAGUCAUCCUCUUUUCGCCUCUUUAGAGAGUUUUAAUAUCUGGCCAUGUGAAUUGGAAAACCGAACGAGGAUUUUAUCGCCUGAACGGGCUGCGCGUCAACAUUUUGGAGAGAAACAGUGGAAUGUGCCAACUAGAUAGGUAA